AUGGGUUUUUUUAUUUACCUUCUACUGAACAACUUUUUACAGGUGGGCUUACCUAGUGUGGGAAAGACCACUUGGGUUCGUCGUUAUAUCCGUGAACAUCCCAAAGAGCACUGGACGCUUAUUAGUGCUGAUACCAUAUUAGCUUCCAUGAAGGUGAACGGUGUGUCGAGAAAUAGCAGUCACAUAGGACGAUGGGAUAUGGUUCUCGGUUUGGUUGGGAAAGCUAGGAAUAGGUUGCUUUCCUUGGCGGCUCGCCGCAGGCGGAACUACAUCCUCGAUUUCACGAACUGCGAUCCAGACACCCGCAAAAAACGCCUAGCACUCUUCGAAGGUUUCUUCCGACAAGUGAGUAGUUGA